AUGUCUAAUAAUACAGAAACCUUCACAGCUGAUUUAUAUGGUGAGGUUGGGAGGCACCAUCCAUCUAUGGGCAACCUUAAGGGUCAACUCACUACAGACGUCAAAGUGAAACUUAUCGAUACAAUUGCUACGCGCCCUGACACCGCCUAUGUGGAUCUUGACGGCAUAAUUCGAAAGGUGGCGGAACAUGGCAGGCUAUAUGAUGAUGCGUUUGAUGAAAAUAUCACCUUUGGCCCUGACGGUUCAAGCACUCAUGGCAACUAUUGGAAAGGCUGGACUACUGCUCAUAUCAAAGCAACCUUCCAUUUUGAGGAUCUUUGA